AUGUUGCGAUCUUUUUCGAGUUUCCUACGCAGAGGAGGGAGUCUAGCUCGCUUUUCCUCAACAAAGGUUAUAAACGAACACUUUGGUGUCAAAGUAUCAACUCCAAUCUACUAUGUGAACGGCGAACCUCAUCUUGGACAUAUAUAUAGUACGGCUCUUGCCGAUGCUAUUUGUCGCUGGGAGCAAAUGAAGGGGAAGAGCACCUUUUUAACAACGGGAACGGACGAACAUGGCCAGAAGGUGCAGAAAGAGGCGGAAAAGAAACAUAUGGAAGUGAAAAACUAUUGCGACUCGAUCGCCUCAGUUUUCCAAUCCGAACUAUCGCACUAUGACUUGCAAUUAGGCCGUUUUAUUCGCACGACCGAUCCGGACCACGUAGACUUGGUGCACCAAGUCUGGAACGAACUGCAGCGCAACGGAGAUCUCUACGAAGCCAGCUACCGCGGCUACUACUGCCGCUCGGACGAGGCGUUCCUGACGGAGUCGCAGAUCUACGAAGAAAACGGCCAGAAAUUCAGCAAGGAAAGCCGCAACCCGGUGGAGCUCGUGGAAGAACGCAACUGGAUGUUUCGCCGGCUCUACUGGCGUUUCUGCGCUCCCAUCGCGACUGGGUGGUCGUCUGCUCGCUCGUCUCACGCGCAGAUCGUUCCGUCGAGCUGCUUCAACUCCAUGAUUCGCACGAUCGAAGAAAGCGCGCAGGAUCUCAGCGUGAGCCGGCCGCUCAGCCGCGUGCCGUGGGCGAUCGACGUGGACGGCAGGGACGGCGUGUAUGUGUGGAUCGACGCGCUGACGAACUACCUCACCACCAGCGAGACCCGCUCGUUUGACUCGGUUUUGCACGUGUUCGGGAAGGAUAUCGCCAAGUUCCACUGCUAUUUCUAUCCGUGCUUGCUCCUCGCGCUGCACAGAAAGCUCCCCGAUCGCAUGAUCUGCCAUAGUCACUGGACGGUGAACGGAACGAAGAUGAGCAAAAGCAAGGGGAACUACGUGCCGCUGCAGGCGCUUCGCCGAUUUGUUCGGGUUUUUAUCGGAAUGGGACCUAGAUCAAUGGAGAGCUGCUUCGCGGGUAUUUGCUGA